AUCUCCGCUCUCGUUGCGGUUGUUGCUGCUCUACCGGCUCCUGCACCUCAGGAGAUUGACCUUGACCUUAUUGUCAACAUCCCCACCCCGACUGUCAUUCAAGCAACUGGUACCCCUGACAAAAUUGUCACGUACGACACCAAGGCCAUUCUUGCCUCAGCUACUGCGGCUUCCUCCAUCUCCGUUGCUGUGACUGAUGCUGCUUCCUCAGCUGCGAGUGUAGUGAAGCGUUCAGCUUGUGGACCUGAACCAUCUGGCUACGGGCCCGUCACUACCGAUCCCAAGGACGAUGCUGCUUCGUUUCUUGCCAACCCUGUUUACGCUAGUGCAGCCAAUGCCGCCGCUGUCCCUGCUGGAUAUGAUCAGACCUUCAGGAACUUGAAUGCCAGUAGCAGCGCUUACGGGUAUCUCGGUUUCAGUUACCUCCAAUCGUACAGUCCUCAGUCUUGCGCCACUAAGUGUAAUGCCAUCAAAGGCUGCAUGGGUAUUAAUUUAUACUUCGAGCGCGACCCUAAAUACACCCCUGACAAGACCCUGUGCCCGAAUCCUGCUUCUCUGACCCAGAUCAAAUGUGUCUAUUGGGGCGGCCCAGUCACCACUGCCAACACCAAGAACUCCGGCAGAACUUGGGUGCAAUUUUCUGUCGUGGUUGCUGGCUCCAACGGUUACGUAAACCAGACUGUUGCUGCUCCUCCUGGUUAUUCUGAUGCAAAUUACCUUGGCAAUGCAGCCAUCAAUGCUCCAUACGAUGCUUUGGGCUACAAUACUUAUAUGGGUGCCAAAGUCUUUGCCGCAGGUCCUUUCAACGCAAGUCUCUGCGCCGCGGCCUGCAACGCUCAGAACGAUUACAACCUUGCCCAUCCCCCCAGCGACGGUAGCCCUGUCCAGACUUGCCAGUUCUUCAACACUUACAUUUUGUCUUUGAAUGGCAAGACGGCUUUGGGACAGUACUGUGCUAUGUACAGUAGUACCUGGGCCAACAAGUAUGCUACCAACGUUGGGCAAUAUCGUGGCAACGACCACUACACAGUAGGGUUCUCGUACUCCUUCUCCAACCUCACGAAUGCAGGCACGACACCCAAUCCAGCUGCUGCUGUUGCUCAAGCCAAAGGAGAGAUCUCUGCUUCCAGCCUUCAGAGUUAUUGCAGCACUUUCUUGGGUUAUAAUGAUCUCAACGCCUAUACCACUGCGACUUCUACCAAGAUUCCUGUGUCAACUGUUACGUCCACCUCGACUCUCAAGGUCAAGGCUUCGUCUUCUAGCACCUCUUCUUCGAAGACAUCUUCUUUGUCCAAGCGUGCUUUGGCAUCCUCGUCUUUGGCUACACCUACUGCGUUGACCAAGUAUCCUGGCAGCAUUAUCUCUAGUGCUUGCUCGGCUUUGGUUACCAAGGUGCCCAAGACUGCUACUGUUACCGUGUCGACAGCCACA